UCAGAUAAUGUUUCAAUGACUGAAGCGAUUGUGACUAAAAUGAAUUAUGUAUUGGAAUUAAUUGCCCUUUUAAUUUUUUGUCUUGUUGUUUACAUAUGUGCCUUUCUAAAUCGUGGCAAAUACGUCAAGGUAUUGAAUAUGAUUAACAGUACGUGGUGCGACUUACCGAUUAAUAAUAACAGUCAAAACAUUCUCUCUAAUUUGAAAUUUCACGUGAAUUUUAUAGUGAUGGGUAGUUUAUUUACAGUAGUAAUCAUACAAUUUAGUGUUAAUUUUUCCCGAAAUAGUACCGUAUGGAAAAUGAUUCUUGUCGCAUUAACAUUUAAUUUGCCACAGACUAUAGAAUUUACAGCACUGGCAUUUUAUUAUUCACUUGUAAUGAUGCUUGUUGCAAUCCUUGCUAAUAUAAACGAGCACUGUGUAAAACUGACAAUGAAUAAAACAAUAAUACUGAGCGAAUUAACGGAAGUAAAAUCAAAAUCAGCGGUUACUCUGCGCCAGAUGGAAUUAGCUUAUGUAAAAGCAUUUCAAAUUAAAACAUAUAUAAAUAAAGCUUUUCAAGGGCCUAUUCUAGCUUGCACGUUACAAUGUUUUCACUCAAUAGUAAGUGAAUCUCAUAUAAUUUAUCACGGGGUUGUAGUAGGUAACACUGUUUCGUCUCACGAUGUAAUAAAUUGUUCUAUCUGGAUUGCGUAUCAGAUUUUUAAAAUAUACUGCUUGUCUUACGCUGGAAAUUUACUUAAAUUGGAGGCAUUAAAAAUUGGUCAAACUUUGCACAAUAUUCCAACAGAAAAACAGGACUUACGUUGGUUAAUGGAGAUUCAACAUUUCUCUUCACUUAUGACUUAUCAGAAAAUUGAAAUGACUGUGUAUGAAUACUUUCCUCUGGACGCAACUCUUCUGUAUAAUAUGUUGGCCUCGGCUAUGAUGUAUUUGAUAAUUUUAGUGCAAUUUGACAGGCGAGAAUAA